AUGAUGUCUGAUUACGAAGAAGCUUUCAAUGACAAUGGUAUGGAACAUUUCGAAGAUUUCGAUCAAGAACAUUUCUCAGAUGAUGAUGAACAUAUGAUAGUGGAUCAAAACAACGAUUACAACAACAAAGAGAGUCAGAAUGGUUUAAAGACAGAAGAUGGGAAGACUGUGGUUAUUGGUGGCGACGGAUCCCAACCAGAUGAACAAGAGACUUAUAGAAGAAAAACUUUAAAGGAAAAAGCCAUACCAAGAGACCAAAGAACUACCACUCCAUAUAUGACCAAGUAUGAAAGGGCCAGAAUUCUUGGUACAAGAGCUUUGCAAAUAUCAAUGAAUGCCCCUGUGUUUGUGGAUUUAGAAGGUGAGACUGAUCCAUUGAAGAUUGCGAUGAAGGAAUUAGCUGAAAAGAAGAUUCCUUUGGUUAUUAGAAGAUACUUACCCGAUGGUUCCUUUGAAGAUUGGACCGUUGAAGAAUUAAUUGUUGAUUUAUAA